AUGUCUUCUCCAUCUCUAGAUGAAGAUAAGGAACGCGUGCCCAUUGGCUUACAGUCGAGCGAGCCAAGCGAGCGUCCCACUCGGAGAGGCAACGCAGAAACGGGCUUGAUAGACGGGAAAGAGGUUGAGAUUCACUCAUGGAACGGUCCGGACGAUCCAGAAAACCCGUUCAACUGGUCCACGAGGUACAAGGUUGUCUUGACUCUGACCGUUUGCUUUAUUUCUAUCCUCACAGGUCUCCCAGCUGGAUCUUACGGCGCUGGUAAUGCCUGGAUGAGCUCCCGCUUCCAUGUGCAAAACGAACCCUUUCCCAACCUCUUCUGGGCCACAUGCAGUUGGAACAUAGGCGCUGCACUGUUCCCCCUCGUAUUCGUCCCGCUGACUGAGAACGCUGGUCGUAUGCCUGGCUACUUUGUUGCAUACAUAGUCUUCGAGCUCUUCCUCUUCGGAUCUGCCUUUGCAGAUAAUUUUGCUACCUUAGUAGUGACGCGGUUUUUCGGUGGAGGGGCAUCAUCCGUGUCUGUCAAUAUUGUCGGUGGCAGCAUUAGCGACGUGUGGAAAGGUGACAAAGCCAGGAGUCUGCCUAUGUCACUUUUCGGCUUUACCAGUGUGGCUGGGAUCGCGCUUGGGCCCUUCAUUGGUAGCGCUAUCGUCCAGAUCCAUAAACCAGAUAGAGGCCUGCAGUCGCCAUGGCGGUGGAUCUAUUACAUCCAAAUCAUCUACAACGCAGCGCUAAUCCCCGUCUUCUAUCUCAUUCUCAAGGAAACCAGAGGCGAUGUCAUCCUGAAGAAGCGCGCUAAGAAACUGCGCCAACAGACCGGCCGUCCUAUAUAUGCCGAAUCGGAGCUUGAACAGUCAUCCAUCCUCACACUGCUCAAGCUCUCUUUCAAGCGGCCGACGAAGAUGCUGCUCACUGAGCCUGUCGUUACUUUCUUCACCCUGUGGAUCAGUUUCGCUUGGGGAAUACUGUUCCUUUUCUUCUCUUCGGUCGUGCAGACAUUCAGCACUAAUUACGGAUGGGACACAUUCCAGACCGGCCUGGUUGUGCUUGCGCUUACCGUUGGUGCCGUGAUCGGUACUUUGGUUAAUCCUUUCCAGGACUGGCUAUACCUUUGCACGGCAUCUAAGAAUACCGAGCGUCCCGGUAAACCGAUCCCAGAAGGCCGCCUUUACACGAGUAUCCCUGGUUCACUCCUCUUUACAGGUGGGCUCUUCAUGUAUGGCUGGAGCUCGCAGCCAGACGUACACUGGAUUGUUCCUGCGAUCGGCGUCACCAUUGUUAGCCUCGGAAUCUAUUCGAUCUACAUGGCCGUGGUGAACUACCUCACUGAUGCUUAUGAGAAGUACGCUGCGUCCGCGCUGUCAGCCGCCUCGCUCGGUCGUAACACAUUCGGAGCCCUCCUGCCUCUGGCGUCGUACUCGCUCUUCGAAAACCUGGGUUAUGGUUGGGCUGGCAGUCUUCUUGGUUUCAUUGGCGCGGCUCUCACUUUGGUGCCUGUUGUUCUGGUGAUCAAGGGUCGUCAGAUCAGAGCGCGCAGUCCCUUCAUGCUCGAUGCUACCUUCGAUCAGAAUGAAAGUAGUGAGAGGAGGAGCAGCGUGGAAGGACGGAAGAAUAACUUUGGGCCUGCAGGUGUGGCUGGAGGCCCGCCCGGUGCGCUGGGCGAACAGCCGUAGGCGACAGAGUGCUGGAAAAAAAGGUUAAAUCAGUAUGGCAUUCUGUGGUAUCGGCUUAGGAAAAGUUUUCCGUACUUGUCAUGGUAGGUACGUCCACAACUUGCGAGUAGAAUCGCGAUAUUUCUUUAAAAGGGGCUCAUCACCCUGCAUCAUUAGCGUACCCUGUAUCACUAGUCGUGUUUCUCGAUCUCACUUCUUUUUCUUCUUUC